GCCCUCAGCCACCAGUGGGGCCAGGGAGCAUCCUUUAGAGAGCAAUCUCGCAUGGCAGAAUUGUGUCGGCGUGAAAACACAGCUACACCGAGCCUGCACUUCAGAGUGAAGUGGAUUUAUUACGUGGCCAGCGGGUACGGAGAAGCAGGUGGAUUUUCAAGCGGGUACACCUACGGUAGGUGUUUGGAAGGACAGAGAGGAAUAGCUGUCCGUAUGCUGGGGACUUCAGCUUGCCACAGAGGAUGUUCAGUAAAGACAGCGGGCUGCCCUCACGCCCUGCCUCUCCCGCAGCCGCUCGGCACUGCGGCUCCUGCCGGCGCUCCCCAAGGCGCUGUGGCGGCAUCCGCAAUUAGCCGAGCGCCACUGCAGGCUCUCAGCUGGGGCUCUCGCAGAUGCCAUUCGCCAGCUUGGCACAGGAGCUCUGCAGCUCCUCUGGAGGCACUUGGGAUCCGCCUGAACCGAGGCUUUGGCUCGGCUCGGCGCUGCUCACUCUCCCGCUCUCCACGCAGGAACUGCCGAUGGCGAUUAACGUUACACCCACAGCAAUGGCCCGGGCGACACAGCGCAAACCGCCGCGCCUUCCCGGAGCCUCCAGUGGCCUCCCCAGGGGCGCUUUUUUCCCUUCACUUUCCCGCAGGCAACGAGGCCGCAGCGGGAGGGCUCUGUGCCGGACUCGGCGGCCGUUCGCUGCCCGGGCUAUGGCGGCUGCACCCCGAGCGCUGCCGAGUCCUGCAGCACCAGCGAGGGGGAGGCAGCAAUGGGGCGGCCGCUCCGAUCCCGGCUCCCUCCGUCCCUCGGCGGGCAGCUCCCGCCAGACAGCCGCUAGCAGGCGGCGGGACCUAUAUGCUCUCGCGGAAGGUUACCGCUGCCUGGCACGGCCGCUCCAACGGAAGCGGUGCUGAGGCGUCUGAGGCAGCACUUUGUCAAGGAGCGCCUGAUUGGCUAACGGGACUCCGCAAUGGUUAUCUGGUAAGAGUCAAGGCCUCUGAUUGGCCGCGCGGUACCUGCAAUGCGUCAAGUGAGGAUGCUGGGGUGCGCGUGCCAGCGCGCUGCCGGGGGGCGGCCGCGGCCCCGCCGGGAAUGGCCGCCCGCUCCCGGCGCUGUCCGCAGCACCGGCAGCUCGGGCGCUCUCGGCCGCUCUGGGCAGCAUCAGCAGUCCCAGCGGAAGAUUUGCAGUCUCUUCGUACCGCUGCAGCUUGCAGCAACAGCAGUUGCUUUGCUGAUGAGCCAGAACUGGCAGGAAGAAGCUGUUCCUCAUUCAGUGACCUCUUCAGAGCAGGGUUUCUACGUAAAAAAGCGGCAGAAAGACAAAGCCGCUUUUCUCAAUCCUUUUCCACAGCACAGGGUGCCAGAGGUGCAAAGCGUGGCAGAACAAACCUGCCUAGGCUGCCCUUCCAGUGGCCGUGUGAGCAGCAGCGUCUCUUAGACGACCGCUGCUCCGAGUGACAGCUUGAGUGGCAGCUGGGGGAGGAUAUGCACGGCCGAGUGAUGACUGAUCGCUGAAAUAGCUUGCUGAAACCCUGCAAAAUCUUUCAACACAAAAGAGACGCUUCUGCGAAAUUAGCCCUGAACUGCGGAGCUGUGCCGAGGCACGCGAGAGCCCUACUGAGUACAAACUGCUUUCCUGCUGACAUGAACACUUCUUACUGUCUUUUUUCCAAAGAACUCUUUCAAAAUAUUAAAAACAAUCUAACCGCUUCUCCUUGUAAUCCUAGCCAAGUGGAACAAGUGCAAUGAAACCUUUAUGGGAAAAUUAUAUGCCUGUGUAAUUAUAAUGUUUAUGAGUCCAAGUUUGCUAAAGUGAAACAUAAAAGUCAGACUGCAAACUCAUUCUGUUUCUUACCUGGUCAUUUAAAGUAUGAUAAUGUUUUUGAAAAUUUCAUGUUUGAACACCUUAGGUCUAAACCACGUUGACAUCUUAACAAAUGGAAAGGAAAUUGGUAUAAAGCAUUGCUAAAGGCAUCACCUUGUUCUGGAGUGUUUUCCAGAACAACCUAAUAUGACUCAUAAAACAAAUUUGUUGUAUUAAUUUACUAUAAUAAUACUAUAAUGACUGUACAAAUAAUAGAACUACAUUAAUGACAGAGAACCUGGAAAAAGCUUUUAGAAGUGACAUCAUCCCAUCAUUCAAGAGGAAAUAAAUAUACUAAUUUUAGGUUAACACGUAAGUCAUUGUUGCCCCAAACACUCUUCUGUAAAGCAGACUAUUUAAAAGAAACCCUCAGGGCCUCGGUGUGUUCAGGGCAGCAAUAUAUUCUUAGAGUUAGCUUAAAAUGAUCAAAAGUUCUAGAAUGAAUCAAUGGGAAGAAAAACCAAUUACGUGUUUAUUAGAAAGAAUUACAUUGACCAAGUAAUGGCAAUUCCCAACCAAUCAGCUAUGAGUGAUGAUGCUACAUUUUAUUUUUUUCCAGGUGCUUUAUGUAGGCCAUGUCCAAAGCCAUCAGAGUGUCUGGCAAAAGCAAUAUAGGGUAGUAAGCAGAGUUCGUUACAGUUCUAAAUAUAUCACGUUCUAAACAUUUUGAGUGAAAACAUGCCCCAACAGUUUAAAGCAACCAUUUAAAAACCAAUGUAUUUACAGCAAUGUCAUUACACCAACAUCUGUUAAAUGUAUGCAGGUCUGCCAUCUUAUGGAGCCUGAAUGGUACUGCCAAAUCACAGAAUGUGCAGCUACAUGUUCAUGUUAGGUGAAUAGUUUGAAUUUUUCCUUUACAGGUAAUGCGUGCUUUCUUCUAAAACUUGCACUAUUUGGAUGCACUCUUUCUAUUUGAUUUGUAUAUUUGUGGAAUUUAUGUGUGCAUACAAGUGUACACUUGUAAACACAAUCAAAUAAAGGUGUUACACUACAAGUUUAAGCAUAUAAAAGCUGGGAAGAGUUGAAGUUGGUUGUUCACAUUAUAUGACAGCCUGGACCAACAUAAUCAUAAUCAGUUUUUUGGGGGAGCUCUGUUGGAUCUGUGUGAUUCAGCAUUCAGGUUAGAUGGUGCUGUUUAGUGAGUGGUUAUUCAGAAUUUUACUUUAGCAUCUUUCUUUGGAGUGUGACUGUGCUGUAUUUGCUGCAAGCUAGUCAAGGCCUGUUCUAAAGAUGAAAUUAUUAACUUCUCCAUGGGCUUUUCUACAGCUGUUAUUAUUAGAGUAUAAUAUGAACAGUUUUGAAUUAAGUUUGUACAGGCCAAAGCAGACAAUCAUCAUGGCAAUAUUCAGCCCAAGUGAUUAAAUUUUGGCACAGCUAUUAAAGUUGCUAAAAUGA